CUUUUUACAGUAUUGAUAGAGGGAGUCAAAAAAACGAUGUAUUUGUCAAAUGGUGCAAAAACACACAACGUCAAAGGCGCCCACGGUUUUAAAACACCUCUUGAAAAGCAGGAAUCGAAAAUUGGUAACUGUCUCACACACAGGUAUCUGAGGCAGAAACCAGGCAGCGGUUGGUCCAAAUUCGCUCUCUUGAUAAUCAAAGACUCAAAGAUGUUGCUAAUAUUGCCAACAUCUAUUGCAUUAACAACACUACAAUAUCAUGGCCCCAAUCUCAGAUCCAGAACAAGGUUGCACAAGCCACUCAAGGUGUCAGCCAUGGCAAAUGAGAGCAGCGAUGGCAGCGGCGGCAAUGGGGUUAUAGAGAAAGCAGCAAUAGCUGGUGGGUUGGUCUCAACUCCUGUGAUUGCGUGGUCUCUCUAUACUCUCAAGACCACCGGCUGUGGGCUUCCGCCUGGACCCGGAGGCUCAGUCGGUGCACUAGAAGGCGUGAGCUACUUAGUUGUAGUGGGGAUUCUAGGUUGGUCCAUUUACACCAAAACCAAGACUGGUUCUGGCCUUCCAAAUGGACCUUUUGGGUUAUUAGGAGCCGUGGAAGGAUUGUCGUACUUAUCAUUACUUGCCAUCUUGGUUGUCUUUGGAUUGCAAUUUCUUGAACAAGGUUCAAUUCCAGGACCUCUCCCAUCUGACCAGUGCUUCGGCUGAGGAUUGAUGGAGUUCCUCUCUCUCCUGCAAAGAUGGUAUGCUUUGGACCACUAUAAGUCUAUCUUCUGUGUGUGGCUAUGGUUCUUUCGAUUUCUUUUUAACAGCUAUGUAUUUGUACGAAUGAUUUUAUGUUAAAUAUCAGCAUCAAACAAAACUGAUAAAGAUCUCAAUGGUUGGUAUCCUAA